AUGGCCGCGCCGAUCCAGAACGUCUACUACGAGCGGAAAACAGCCACCGCGCGCGCAUGCUACAUCUGCCACCGGCCGACGCAGACCGUGCUCGCGACGCUCAAGUCCGAGGACUUUCUGUACACAUGCGACGGGCACCUGGGGGAUGCUGCGACUGCCCUCGCCAUGCCCGCUGCCGGGCCGAGCGCAGAGGAUAUCCGUAAAGUCGUCGCCGAGUACGGUGUGCGCGAGGCGCGCAAGGCUGAGAAGAAGGCCGAGGAAAAGGAGAAAGAGAAGGACAAGGACAAGGCGUCGGCUUUCAGCCUUGGUGGGAUCGCGAGCGGGAUCGCGAGUGGGGUCGGGAGCGUGGCCAGCGGCGUGGGCAGCGCCGUUGGCCUCACCGGUGGUGCUGAGGGGGCCAAGGACGAGCCCAAGACUCCCCCUGCGCCGAUCACGGCCAAUAUCCCGUCCAGCACGGCGCCCACGCACAAAAAGUAUGCGCUCCACCGGUCCAUCUUCGAGGCGCGCCGCGCAGACUUGAUACGCAAGCAGCAGGCUGCUAGAGCGAAGGAGGUGUCAAAGGGCCUGCCGCAGGUGCCCCGUGGGUCGUUCUAG